GUGAAACCCACGUAGUUCUCACAAACAAGGUACAAGACUGUUUUCGAUUAUCAUCUACCACGUAUGCAGGUCGUGAUGGAGUAGAUGAGGCGAAGAUGGAAUGCGAGGCGUGGUAUCUUCUAGGCGUUGCUACCGGCGUGAUACUGGUUCUUGUGGGCAAGCAGGUGCUCGCAAAUCAACUCGCUUCGCUCUAUGGCGAAAAGUCGAAGAAGACAUUGUAUGCGUUGGACCAUGCAAAGUUGAACGUUUGCUUGCCGCCACCAUCAUUGUGGAUGAACAUGGGAUACUGGAAGAAUACUGAGGAUUUUCCUACAGCGUGCGAAGCCCUCCUGAAGGAGGUGCUGAAGGCUGCGAAGAUCUUGCAAGAAUUGAAGAGCAAAAAGGACGAACCCAUGAACGUAACGGUUAGCAUUAUCGACUUGGGUUUCGGCUGCGGAGACCAAUGCCUUUACUUCAAGCGUGUUCUGGAGAGUCAGACCAGAAACAGAAUUUUUGGCGAAUGGCGAGCACGUCUAGAAGCUUAUGUAGGCAUUACCUUGGAGCAAACUCAGUUUCGCGUGGCCCUGGAUCGACUCGGGCACGAAACACAUACACAGCUUAGGAUUCAUUGCGCUGAUGCAGGGAGGCCUCAGUCGUGGGACACAGAGCUGCAAAAUGACGUGAUCAAGGCAUGCCAGAUGAGCACGGAAAAGGACGUUGGCAUCAAACCGCUCGGAGGGACACAAAGUCACCAGAAUUGGGUCCUCGGCCUUGAUACGUUAUACCAUUUUCAGCCUUCGCGAUGGGGCGUUAUCGAGUAUGCAAACCGGCAACUCGAUGCCUCGCUCAUGGCUUACGACCUCUGCAUCGCCGAUGAUAUCUCUGUGUGGAUGCGUGUCCUCCUCAGGUUGAUGUCUAGCUUGGGCCAAAGUCCGUUCGCAAAUUGGAGCACAGUCGAUGACUAUCGUAAGAAGCUUGUCAGUGUUGGAUAUGCAGAAGACAAAAUUGAAAUCCACGACAUCUCAGCGCAUGUGUUUCGACCCCUGGCUUCGUUCUUGAAAAAAAGAGAACAACACCUGGAGGUGUACAAAGUGCCACUUGGACGAUAUCGAUACGUGGCAAGAAUGUUUGACUGGUGGGCACAAACAGGCGCCGUUCGAGGUUGUAUCAUUGUCGCAAGGAAAUAGAGCGGAUGUCGUCAGCAGGCAUGAUUCAAUAGAAUGACUGCAUGAUGCAGUCUGCAGAAGCUGUCCCGGCACUUUCAGAAACGUUAUGCGGUCACGAUGUACAUCCAAAGAAACACCCAGCCGAGAGGUCUCGCCAUGAACAACGCACCGGCUUCGCGGGAAGAAAAUAUGGCAGCCUGGGUUUGAUUGGAGCCCAGUGUAUAUGUGAAGCGAGUGUCUCCAGGAAAAUGGAGAUUCCAACACAGGUAAUAGAGAGACAAUUGCGUUCUCUGUGUCCGCAAGACCCAUAGAUUCUCACUGCUGGCGUAGUAUCGACACGUUGCUGAGGGUUGCAGCCAUGCUUCUAUCCGAACGUUGUUGAGCCGGGCUUCGUCGGAUGUAACAGCGAAGUCUUGAACCUGUCUGGAAUACGCUGUUGUUCACAUCUGCUCAAAAAAAAAAAAAAAA